AUACAUUCUUGUUUCCCAAAUCCUUACACGUCCACCGUUUUUAGAAUUAGCAGUGCCACCGCACACUCCCACUUGCCGGAUGGAUGACACUCUCAUUCUCAUAAUGCCUGCCAUUCUACAACGACACUUCAGGCGUCCCCGCAAUGACGAAACGCAAAUCUUCGCCUUCGACGCCGCCAAUUCCCCGUCUCCCCGGCGACACCGAAACCCUUAGCCAAACCCUGAAAUCGCUGAUUGUGAGGCCUUCCUCCUCUUCCCCCGCCGUCGCCUCGACUUCCUCAAAGAGCUUCAAACUGCCCGAUGAUUGGGUCGUCGAUAGACGUCAACGUGCUCGGUCUAACCAAGUCGACAAGUACUACUUUGAACCUGGGACUGGGCGUAUGUUUCGCUCUCUGUUAUCUAUUCAGAGAUACCUCGAUCAAGAGACAAAAGAAACUCUCCCAUCCGUUGCAGCAAAUAAUAAGCGACUUGUGCCUUACACAUUCAGGGGAUCUCCGUCAUUCAAACUACCUAAUGGUUGGGUCAUUGAAGAAAAAACCCGAUAUAAUGGCAGAAUAGACAAGUAUUACAUUGAGCCAGGGACUGGACAACGGUUUCGUUCCCGAGUUUCUGUGGAGAGAUACCUUGCAGGAUGGGAAGAAUAUUGUCCCCACAAGGCACCAAAAACUUCUGGAUUACAAGAGAAGAAACAAAGUUCUGGAGAGGAGGCUGAAAACCCAAUGUUUGACUUUACUAGCCCACCGCCAAAAGUAAAAUGGGUGCUGACUGCUCCGGUGGGAAAUAUGUGGAGCCCUUUCAUAGCUGAUUCAGAAGUCCCAGAGUUCAUAAAGCAGAAGUGGUCUGAGAUACUUGUAUCAUCAGUUCGCAAUGAAUCUCAAUAGACCUAGUUUUAAGCCGACUACUAGCAGAGGAACGUGGGGAAAUUUGCAUUGCAGGAGGUAGUUGCUACGACAUUUUGUUAGAGCAAGUUUCAGGUCGAUCUACUGUAAUAUGGUAUUUUGCUGACUUGAAAGGAUGAUAUGGCGAUAUCCAUGGCCAGUGGUAGCAACGUAUUUUACCACCUUUUUGCUACAAGACUCGUUCAUGAUCCUUUGUUUUUUCUCCUCAUCUUCUGCUGCAAGGCAGAAUUGACGCUGAUCUUCUAAAUACUAAUCUGCAACUGUUAAACCUGGUA